GUCAACGACACACCACGCCUUUCUCUGUCCGCGGCCCUUUUACCAAUUCAAGAGGUAGUUCAUCAUUGGCUGAAGGAUGAGGUAACGUAUUUAACCUGUUGCAAUCGAUGUAUUCGAAGUGAUUGUCUGCCUACUCAUGGACGACCCGAAUAUAGGUCAGGAAUUCCACAAAGGUUUUCUCAGCAAUUACCAAAUCGGGAUUCCUACAUUACGGUGGCUGACGAAUCAGUAGAAUUCUCUGAUGAUGGCAUAUUAUCCCAACGAUGUCCUAGUCGACCUAAAAAGAAUGGAACAAAUUACCCUCCUCGUAAUCAUGGUGAACUUACUGCACUUUCAUCAAAUCGGAUAGAUACAACCAUCUCACUCGACCAAACACAAUUCCUCUUUCCUGGAAAGGACUACGUCAACUUGAUCUACAAAGAACUAUACGAGGUUGAUAAACCAGAGACAUGUAGGUUCAAGCAAAUUUCACUCAUGAUUGUGCGUAAAAUGGAGCAGGAAUAUCACGGUGGUGUUUAG